AUGAUUUUUAUACAUUUUAUUUUACACUUAGCUACUGCUUAUUAAGUUGGUUAAAAUAAGGAUGAUAUAGAUAAUAUUGCAAGUGAAGGUUAAGUUGGAUAACAUCUAAUCAAAGAAGUAAGAGCCUUUCUAAGAAAAGGUAUUACUACAUUAAAUAAUCUAGGACAUGAUUAAACAUAAUUCUUAAUCUAUCUUAAUAAUAUGGAAGCUAAAGUAGCAUCUCUUACUUCAGAUGAAUUCUAAGAAUAAUGUGAUACAGGUUUCAUUACACAUUAUUAUAUUUAAUAGAAUUGCUAAAUAUUGAAGAAACAUAAAGAAUGCUCUAAGAUUCUAAAUAUAGAGUUACAUCAUUAGAAAAUAAAAUAGCUCUAUUAACCAAUUAUACCAAUAAGUUUGCAUAAAUUAUUGAUGAAAAAUAAGCUAUACUAGAAGUGACUGAAAAUACCGUUUCUGAAUUAGUCUAAAUUCGAGAAAACGAAGUUCAAAAUAUCAACUAAAUAUUUAGAUUGCUAUGUUUGAAAGACGAAGAAGUGAAAUAACCAUGUCCAGUGGUAUUGUUCGUAGAUCAAAAGGAUUAAUUGGUUAAUUGAUACCUAAAAUGCCUGAUCUUGCUCCUUAAACUAAAUUUGCUAAACAAGAUAAUUAAUUAGAGGUUAGUUACGAUGACAUACGAUCAGAAUUCUUAUAGAUACGAUCUUAAGCUAAGGAAUAAUUGGGAGAAUCAAAUCCCUUUAGUCAAAUUAUUGGUACUUGUCUUUAUCAACUAAAGAAUCAUUCGCCCAAAUUCCAGAAUAGACUGGAAAUCUAGAACAUGUUACUUAUGUUGUUGACAUGCUUGCCAAUAUGUAUUAAUAAUUCAAUAUUCUUUUAGGGAAUAAAAUUUAGCAGAUACAAAUAUAGCACUCUUUAAUGCUGAAUAAUAAAGAAUAGAAUUACAUGAAAGAUUAUUAGAACAUGUUGAUGAAAAAACUGAAAAAUUAAAUGAAUAGAUUUCAGAAUUAGAAUAAAUGAUUGCUGAUAUGGAAUAAUAGAUAGAAGAUCAUUAAGCAGAAAUAUAAGUUGAAUUAGAAAAUCAAGAGAAUAUUCAUCAGAUCUAUGAAGAAUAUAUUGAUGCACAUGAAUCUACUUUGGUAAUCUCAUCAAUUUAUAGUAGCAUACACAUGAUGAAGAUAUUAAAAAUAAUAUUUUGCUUAUAAAAAUGAUUCGAACUCUUAAAAAUGAUUUUAUGAAUGAUUUUGAAGCAAGUUCAAGAUAUAUUUUGACACCACGUUUUCAUUUUUAAAAUUUAUCCAGUUUAUGA